UUCGGAGAGAACCUUUCUGAAAACGUCAAGUUUCCCGUGGAAGUUACAUUCAUAUAUCAGAAAACGCGCACAUCUCAAACGUGUUAAUUUAUUCAUAAUUAAAGCUUAAAACUCGCGGUACAUGUAAUUUACAGUGUAAAUCGACAAUUAGUUGAUAGUUUGUGAACAAUGGUGGUCAGUCAGUGUGUAGUUGUAUGAAGAAAAAGGAAAAUAUUAGUUUGCAGUUCUCUUCAGCCGAACACUCAGAAGACUCGUCGAAGACGGUCGCGAGGAGAGCGCGUCUCGAUGGCGACCGGGAAUCUCGUUCGAUCGUGUCGAGGACCGAACAGGAUCUUUCAACACAAAAUGAGCAGCAGUUGACGCGCGCAGGAAAGUCCAAGGAAAACCCGAAAAGAACAGACUUUCUUCGGUCGCCAAACUCUCGAAACGCUCGCGAGAGUCAUGAGAGUCGAGGCUACGACUUGCCUGCUUCUUCUGUUGGCCAUCGCUGUUUUACAUUCGGGAGAAUGCGUAUCCUUUACGGAUUUCUUUCUCCAUGUAAUUCAAACAGGAAGAAACAUAAUUGAUGACAACGGAAUUUCGUAUCCCGCAUUACACAGCGGCGUGCGGAGACAACGAAUUAUUCCGAACGACGUCCCGUUUCCAUGCAACGCGCAAUUCGGCAGGUCUUUGUCGAUACCAGAUAGUGUCCAUCGACUGAGACCGGGCGACAUCGAUGUGAUCGGCGGUCUGGGUGAUUCCCUGGUUGCCGGAAGCGGCGCGCUAGAGGAGUUCGCUGUGGGGACCUUCAUCGAGGCACGGGGAGUGAGCUGGUGCGCUGGCGGACAGAACGACUGGAGGCGAUUUCUCACUCUUCCCAAUAUUUUAAAAAUGUUCAAUCCGAAAUUAACCGGAUAUUCAACCGGGACGGGUGAGUUUAUCUCGACCGCGGCGAAACUAAAUAUCGCUUAUCCAGUCGCCGCUACGGAAGACGCGUUGCAUCAAGCGAGGAUCUUGGUGCAGAGGAUCAAAAGCGACCCGACGAUAAACGUGAGGAAACAUUGGAAGCUUAUUACGAUUCUGUUCGGAGCCAACGAUAUCUGCUCGGCUCAAUGUUACGAUCCCCAACAUUUCUCGCCGAUGCGUUACGCUUUGCACUUGCGAAGGGCGCUCGAUUUCCUAAGGGUAGCGCUACCUCGCACUCUGGUCAAUGUAGUUCCAGCUAUAGAUGUUACAGUUUCGGUUAGGGUGACGCGAAGUGUUAUGUGCAAUAUACUGCAUCCUCUUUACUGCGCUUGCAUGCACAAGGGUGAUAAACCGGAAAUAGCCGCGUCCAAGAUGUCACGGCUGUAUCAGCAGGCUGCCGAAACUUUAGUGUAUUCAGGAAGAUAUGAUAAUUCUCCAGAUUUCACGGUGGUGUUGCAGCCGUUUACUAAGUUAUUCAAUGCACCUAAUGCAGAUCCUAGUCGUGCACCACCGAUAGAUUCCAGUCUGGUCACGUACGAUUGUUUUCAUUUCAGUCAAAAAGGACACGCUCUCGGCGCUAAUCUUCUGUGGAACAACAUGCUGGAACCAGUCGGCAAUAAGACGGAAAAGGGAUUGCCCGGGAUACUCGAGAAAGUGGUCUGUCCUACAGAAGACGCGCCUUACAUCUUCACGAAUGUCAAUUCGCGAUUCUUCCGUAAGACCGGGAGACAGGACGAAAUUAUACCGAGAUAGAAUAGAAAAAUCGGGCCCGCGGCAAUUUACGAAACCUUCUUUGGCUGUUCACUUCGGACCUAUCUCAAUAUUUAACGGCUAUUAAUUAAAGUUGAUUUUUUCUGUAAAUAUUUCUCGAAUCUUUAUUUUACAUGUAAAAAAUAAUGUAAUACAAUGUAUUUCAAAAAUUUGUAUUUGACAACGAUCUCGCAUUCUACUCAGCUGCAAAAUUUAAUUGUAACUGCAACGCGAACAGGAAAGAUAAUGAAUUUGCAAUAAUUAUUUCUAGAUAAAUUGCAAAUGUUAUUGACGUUGCAAGCGAGCAGAAUUUUCAGAAAAGUUUUGAACGAACCAACAUAGUUUUAAACGAAGAGCUAUUUAUGUGUGUUCGAAUAUAAUUAAAAAUAUACGUGUGGUAAAUGGUUUUAUUGUAUAUAAAUAACGAAAGAACUCUCUCUCUCUCUGUUUCUUACAUGGGGUUUUUUUUCUAGAAAGUUUCUACCUCUGUAAUAAAUGCAAAGUUCACAAUACAAAGUCCAUCUAUUUGUAAUAAUAAUAUAUGUUAACUAUAUAAAGAAAUUUGAGUUGUGAAUAUGCAUGAGCGAGUCACUCUGAGUGACUCUGAUUUGCAUAUGUAUAUUCCGGAUGUUUCUAAAUUUUUCCGUUAUACUUUCUUUUCCUUCUUCGCACACACACACACA